UUUGCUCAUUUGGUGGACAAAUUGGAUUAUUGAAAUGGCAACUUUUUAGAACUUAUACUGAUCUAAAUGGAACAUAAACGAUUUUUAGGAAUUUUGAUAAUUUUUUGGUGAGUUAAUUCUUUAAAAAUGGAACAUCUUAUCAUUUUAUCUGUAUAAGUAAUCAUUUUUCCACCCCCGAGUCAUACACUCAAGCAAAACGAGAUAUAGAUUCUGUUUUGUUAUGGAUGAGCAUGCCAUAAGAUGAAUAUCUCUCUGUGUGUGACAAUAAGAUUACAGCUUAGAGGCAUUUUAUCUUCAAAACAAAAGUGGAAGUAAUUACAAUAGAUCGAGCUGAUGAUAAAUUGGACUCCGUUUGUACGUAUCAUCAACAGGACAUUUUUGGAGCCUUUCGGACCUCAAACUGAUAUGAGGGGAACAUCCCCAACGUCACAGACACUGCUGUAGGAAAGAAAGCAGUAUAGAGUUGAACAGACAGACAGACAGACAGGCAAUCUGAUGCCAACAGUCUUCUCUGUGACUCUCACGGGACGACUCCUCCUGCUGUUGCUAUGGGCAGCCCACCUCGCCAUGGCAACCAACUGGCUUUCUCUGGCACGUCUGUCCCGCUCACGUCCCGUGUCUGGUGCAGAGCCAUGUGGACGUCUGAGGGGUUUGUCUCCAGGCCAGGUCGGGGUGUGUCGGGCGCGGGGGGAGGUCAUGGAGUCCGUGCGAAAGGCUUCAGAGAUGGUCAUUGAGGAAUGCCAACAUCAGUUCAGAAACCGGCGCUGGAACUGCUCCACCACACCUCGCGGGAUCAACGUGUUUGGGCGAGUCAUGAACCAAGGAACGCGUGAAGCAGCUUUUGUCCACGCUCUCUCAUCUGCAGCCGUGGCAGUGGCAGUGACCCGGGGCUGCAGCAGGGGUGAACUGGAGAGGUGUGGCUGCGACCGAAAGGUCAGGGGGGUCAGUCCUGAAGGUUUCCAGUGGUCAGGCUGCUCUGAUAAUCUGUCCUACGGCGUUGCAUUCUCACAGACCUUUGUGGACGAGCCGGAGAGAGCUAAAGGCAUGUCUUCAGGACGCCCACUAAUGAACAUUCACAAUAAUGAAGCAGGACGGAAGGCGAUCCUCCAUAACAUGCAGGUGGAGUGCAAGUGCCAUGGUGUUUCGGGAUCCUGCGAGCUUAGAACAUGCUGGAAGGUCAUGCCUCCAUUCCGGCGGGUCGGUGCUGUGCUGAAAGAACGCUUUGAUGGGGCAACAGAGGUUCGGCUAACGCGUGUGGGCUCUCGCACAGCUCUCCUUCCACGGGACCCCCAAGUAAAGCCACCAGCCACACGGGACCUGGUCUACCUGGCUCCCUCACCAGAUUUCUGCCGACUGGACCCAGACAACGGCAUUCCUGGCACUGCAGGGCGACGGUGUAAUGGAACCUCGCGGUUGGCUCCAGACGGUUGUGAGCUGCUAUGCUGUGGCCCAGGUUUUCGAGCAGGCCGGGCUGAGGUGGUUCAGCGCUGCUCCUGUAAGUUUUCGUGGUGCUGCUCAGUGCGCUGCCAGCAGUGUAAGAACACGGUGCUCAUACACACCUGCCGAGAAUGAGACACACCUGGAAAAACCACGCAACCACACCAGAAACACCUCAUCUCAUGCCAGACCUAAGUGCGAACUGCCCACAUUUUGAACAGCCUUCUCUAUCCAAAACAUCCUGGAUCAUGUCAAUUUUGGUGACUUUAAGCUUUGUUCAGAUAUGACAUUCCAAUUAUGUUAACCUUCUAUGAAACAAAGUGUUGUAUUGGAACAUGCAAAGAACUUAUUUCCUAAAACCCUCAAAUACACAUCAAAUACAAAACCAUUAACUAACUCGCUCAGACAACGCUCUUAAAGCUGAGAUUAAUCCCUGAAUAACAGUGAGAGAAUAAUGUUAGUUUAGUCUAUGAGGCAUUAGCAAUAAACUCUAGCGCAGAACUGCUCGAUCUGUUUUUUCUGUAUUUAUAAUUUCUUUUCAGUUUUGCCGAUUGUGUUUAUUUAUUUGAGUUCAUCAUGCCUGUAUGGCGUUAUUUUUGGAGAGAAAGUUCCCUUUGCAAACUCUCUGGCUUCAGCUGUUUCAUUUCAGCUUGUUGAAUUACAUAGAGGCUCGUGUAUUACCAUUGUCUUGUUUUUAUAAUCUAUAUGACCUUAAAUAAAGUUGUUUGACAUUCCCAAUGUG